AAUAUUCCAUGACGGUUUCAAUCCUCAAACGCCUAUUAAAUGAUAACACUUCACCCUCCUUUUCAAUGCUUCUUACUACUCCACUUCUCAGAGACUACAAUGAAGAUCCUCCUGCUCCUACCUCUAUUGGGUGUGGCCCUGGCCUACACGGACGUGAACGACAACAUUGUCUCGGGCACCCUGCUGCAGGACCCGGCCAAGGCUCGGAAGGAGACGCAGGAGCUCACCGCGUGUCUGUUGGACGAGGGCCCGUGCGAUGGAUUCAAUGCUGUCGCUAAGACACACGUGGUUCAAUCUUUAGCGGAUGGCUGCGCUGAGUGCGACAUAGUUCAGAAACGCGGCGCCGUCAAGUUUCUGAAGAGCCUGAAGAACGACUACCCUGACCUGUGGGCGAAGUUCGAGAAGCGGUAUGACCCUGACAGAACGAAGUAUGACAAUAUGCUGAAAGUACUGAGCGGUUUUAACUAGAUGAUUCCCUUAUUGGUCCAAGUAUACCGGCCAGGCGGUUUGACGUCCGGGUAGCCAUUUAAAUCUCUUCUAUUCGCACUGGCACGUAUACUGUAAGAGUUUCGUGACACACCGGUUUCGGUAUCGCAGAAUUUUUAUCUUUACCAUAAUUCUUUUACCACUAGUCUCGUAUGUCUUAAAACCCUAAAAUAGUUCAACUUAA